AUGCCAAUCAAGCUUCCUAAGGGCUUCGCCCGUCGAAAAUCGUCUAGCAAUGCUCUAGAGGAAGUGCAAAAUCCUCCCCAGUCGUCAUUUCGAGUCUUUGAACGACCAUCCGGCGACAAAAAGUCCUUGAGUGAUGGUAAUUUAGUGGCAAAGCGCUUAAGCGAAGGUCAACCUUUGGAUUCCCCCACGGAGGAUGACAAUAACAUCUUUGCUUUGCAUAAUUCCCAGCCAACAAGACAUCAUGGUGGUGGAAGUACAUUCGAAGGUACAUCAUCUGCGCGACCUCGCACAUCUGCACGCCGUUCAACAGACGGGCCACAGCCCGAAUCGCAGUCGCCACACACUCGAAACCUCUACGAUAUACCAAUUCCUCCCCUAUCAGGUGCGAUUCGCGCAGCUGGUCGCACAUUCUCAUUCGGCGGGAGAUUCUCCAAGACAUCUGCGCCGGUACCUCCGCCUCAGCCAUCUACACCGGGCCCUUCUAGAAGCAGGGGAAUGACAACAAGCACGUCAAGCACUGCAACACCACCAAAGCUUCCCGAUACAGAACUUCGAAUUGGAAAAAUUGACGACGACUUCCAAAAUAUGUUUGGUGAUAUUGGAAAGCGUUAUUAUGGGUCGAAGGACUCUUCUCUUGAUCAACCAGACUCACCCGGACCUUCCAGUCGACCAGAUGCCUUGCCUCGAAAGGAUGAGAGGAUCUCACGUCCUGCUCCAAUUGAUACUGACCGUUCAAGGGAGGUUGAGCCAUCACCAUAUUCUUGGGAUAGCCGACAUUCGGAGGAGGGCCUGCUAACCACCCUUGAUUCACCCAACGAACAAUCGACAACACAAUCAUAUCAACGCAAUUUCGAUCCAGUCUCCGUUGGAGACCGGCGCAAAUCUAUGCCUCUGUCCGGUACUAUGCCUUUGGCUACUACCUCCCAUCGUUCUUUGGCAAAGCCUCGAACGACGGCGGACGCGGGUUUGAGGAGAAGCGGGGUUUACUCUAACAGGCGGGACUCUGUACCUGUUGAAGACGAGGACGCGAAAUUAAUCAUGGAAUCUCUCUACUCUAAAAGGAGCUCGCAAAUACCAUUCAUGGCUGAUCACGCGGCUUCGGAUGCGGAUAAUGAUGGGCCGUUAUUCGACCAGCCUGGGGCAAAAUCUUCUCGUCCUGAUCGCCGGGAAUCCAUUCAGAAGGACUCAUUGAGCUCCCCCGUGCUGUCAGAUCACCUGGAUCCGUCAAUUGCAGCCCAUGCCCGUUUGGCUGCACAAUACGAGAAAGCACAGCCAGUGUCGGUCUCUUCAACGAAUAAAGUCAUGACCCCAUCUCAGUUCGAACAUUAUCGUCAGCAGCAAGAGCUCAGACGGUCGAACAGCGACGCCUCGAAGAGUGAGAAUUCUGCAGAGAGCGAUUACGAUGACGAUGAUGAGGUGGAGAAAGACCGUGAGGCCGAGAGACAGCGGCGCAAGCAAGAAGCCCAUCUUUCAGUGUAUCGCCAGCAAAUGAUGAAGGUGACCGGUCAGGAAUCUCCUACACCAGCUAUGAGAACCGAAAUGGACCAGGCUAGUAAGAGUGCGCCGAAUCUAUUGCAACCUGGAAUUACCUCGGGGAGCGGGAAAAGCAGUGAUGGUGAUGAUGACGAAGAGAUUCCUUUGGGCAUUCUGGCAGCUCAUGGAUUCCCCAACAGGAAUCGCCCCCCAAGCCGUCUGGCACCAUCUAGCUCCAUUCCUAACCUUCGGGCGUCUUUCCAGCAACCGUACUUGCCUUCCCCGUCCCCUGCUUCCGUCGCAGAACGGGAUCCAAACAAUCGCGGGAGCUUGCCUGUUUUCGCGCGAAACUUGCCGCGAGACCCUUACUUUGGAGCCAGUUUGGUGAAUCAAUCUAACAGAGAGUCUCUGGCCUUUGGAGGAGGAGCAUCGGUCCAUGGUGGACCUUCGCCAGCGCUACCCCCUGGAGGCUUAGUAGGUGUCAUUGCCACGGAGGAGCGAGCAAGGGCAAUGCGGCGAGGUAGCCCUAAUACCCAAGCCAUGUACGACUAUCAAGGAGGAAUGCCUGUGCCACCUGUUCAACCUGGUGGCAUCCCGAGGCCUUACACGAUGAUGAGUCUAAGCUCGCCGAAUACCGGUGGCGGUCAGCCGGCGAUUUCUGCGACUGAACAGGCGCAGAUAGAAUUGUCUCAGCAGAUGACGCAAAUGGUGCAAAUGCAAAUGCAAUGGAUGCAGCAGAUGAUUCACAUGCAAGGCGGACAGAGCACCCAAUUAAUGCCACCUGGCGGGCCUCCACCCACGCUAGGUGCCAACCUGAAUGCGCGCCCAUCUUCAAUGCCCUCAGCUGGCAAUAUGAAUAACGCCCAUGCUGGGUACUCGGGCGAUCAGCGGACGCUAAGCAUGCUUGAUCCGAAUGUUUCCUCCCGUCUCAAUAGUGCAGCUAUGCCACAUGUAUCUGGGGGCCUCCGGCCAAGCACGCCGGCUGGGCAAGGGUAUGCGCCGUCUAUUGCACCAUCGGAACGCAGUAAUGUUGGUCUGGCGCCUCGUUACAGACCCGUCUCAACAUUGCAACCCGAGUUAGGAAAUAUCGGCUCUUCUUCCAUACCAAAGUCCUGGAAUGAUGAAAACCGGAAGUCCUCGCUUUCAGCCGCAGUUCCGGCGCCACAGGCGUCUCAUAUGAGCCACCGUCCCAUGCCAAGUGAUAGCAAACCGAUAAGGGCUAGCAAGCCGAGUACUGGUGCGGAGCAGGAUGACGAGGACGAUGAUGAAGGCUGGGCCGAAAUGAUGAAGAAACGAGAAAAUAAACGCAACAACUGGAAGAUGAAGAAAGAAACGUCGAGCUUUGGAGAUCUGUUGAAUGCUGUGCAUUAG